AUGAGUUUGAUUCCAACUGCUGUGUACUCGGCAGCAGACUUGGAGCAGCCACACGAGUUCCAUCCUGGAGAUGGAGAUCAUACGACAGACGGGCAGACUACGCAGAUCUCCGAAGUUGUCAUAAAAGCUGGAGGAGAAGACAGAGACAAGCCAAGUGAAGCCAGAGAUACUCCCUUGGGACAUUUAAGGGCUCAGUUGACAACUCUUCAGGAUCAGAUCAAUGUUUUUCUUACUGAAAGAAUGAAGCUGGAGAAGCUGGCCAUAACUGGCAAAGAGGAGGAUGAUAUUGAGAGACGAAUUCUUGAUGAUGGUGUGGACGAAGAUGAGGAAGAUUAA